UAUAUAUAACAAUAAUGAACAGAAACCCGUUUUCCCAAAUUUAAACCUUCACAAGUUCCAACAACACUCAACGAUAGUUCACAAACAAUCGAUUGUUGCAGCAGCAACUGCAACUAUCGUACACGCAAUCGAUAGUUUGACAGCUCUGCAAGUAGCGACAAAUUUUUGCAUAAAAUAAUUAAAUAAUAAAGGGCGAACGCCGACGCUGCAAACCGUUGUUUUUUAUUGCUGCAAUUGCUAAAGAAUAGAGUUAAGUGCCACCCGAAACACAGAAGCAGAGCGGUCGCGAAAUUGCAAGCAAGAGCCAUACGAAAAAGCAGCGACGGCCCAAAAGUGAAAGCCCCCAGAAAAAGUACAAAAGAGAGACGGAGAAAGAGCGAGAGAGAGAGACGAAACGAGAAAAGAGUCUGGGCGAGAGAAAAAACGAUUUUUUCAGAGAACACCGCGAAUUUUUGUCAUAUUUUCCCAUUUCUGUGUGCAGUGGAACUGGCAGAGCGUGAGCUAAGACCUGCAGAGAACCCAGCGAAGCAUAGGCAGCAACAAGGAACGAGGAGGAACCCAGCCAGAACCUAACCAGCGCGCUGCCACAGAAUCGCUUCAAGAUUCUCAGCCACAUUUACAGCGGGAUCCAGAUCCAGAGCCUGAGCCACGGGAGCCACCGGGAGCAGCACAGACCAGCAACCAGCGCCAACAGCACUCCACUAGCCGCCACCACGCUCCACAAACAGCCAGCCAUCAUGUUCGUCAACUCGAUGACGUUCCGCGGCAACCCGGCGAACUAUCAUCAGCAGCAGCCGGCCCUGAACCACCACACGCUGGCGGCGGCGCAUCAUCAGCAGCAGCUGCACCACCAUGCCGCCGCCGGCCACCUGGGCCACGUCGGCGGCGGUCAUGCGGCCAGCAAUCACCUGGCUGCCGCCGCCGUUCUAGGUCGGCAUGGCCACAACUCUCUGGGCAGCGGGCACACGUCCGGCUCCUCCCACUCCACUGGCGUGGGUGUGGGCGUCGGUGGCGGUGCUUUGGCCAGCGGCACCAGUGGUGGCGGCGGCAGCGGCAAUAGCUCACCGGAUAGCGGCAAGAUCUAUAUCAAGAACCUGGAGCGAUCCAUCGACAACAAGGCAGUGUACGACACGUUCUCCGUGUUCGGCAACAUCCUGAACUGCAACGUGGCCAAGGACGAGGACGGCAACUCGCGCGGCUACGGUUUUGUGCACUUCGACUCCGAGGAGGCUGCCCGGGCGGCCAUCGAGAAGGUGAACGGGAUGCUGUGCAAUAACCAGAAGGUGCAUGUGGUCAAGUUUAUACCACGACGGGACCGGGAGCAGGAGAAGGCCACCCACUUCAAGAACCUGUACGUGAAGAACCUCAGCGAGGAGUUCACCGAGCAGCACUUGCGCGAGAUGUUCGAGCCCUAUGGCCGCAUCACCAGUCACAAGCUCAUGCUGGACGAGGAAGGGCGCUCGCGGCGCUUCGGUUUCGUGGCUUUCGAGAAUCCACAAUCGGCGCUGGCCGCCGUGAUCGGCCUGCACGGCAAACAGCUGGGCGACAACAAGUUCUUGUACGUGGCACGAGCCCUGAGCAAGGCUGAGCGGCAGCAGGAGAUCAAUCGCAAGCUGGAGGAGCGCAAGCGUCAGAAGGCCGGCCAGAUAUUCUACUACUAAGCCGGAACAGAAUCUGGAUCGCGAGAGGUGUUUACUCAGAACCCACAUAAAUACAAUAUACACACAUAUAUAAACCCUAUAUAGCUAUUUACGAGAAAUUGUAUCGGCAGCGGACAUUCAGGCAGCUGGCAGGCAGAGGUAGGACGCAGGACACUAGUCCUGCCAUUACACAUUUAGACGUAGGCAAAAAGUGUUGCAACACAGUUGAAAUUUAUAGAAACACACACGCAUAAGAACAGAAACAGAACUCGUACUCGAAUUCGAACUUGAACGCGGACUCGAAAUCGAUAUCGAAUUGAAAGGAUUUUCUAGGCAUUAGGACAACAGUUUCUAGGCACUCACUAGCGUUUUUUUGGAAUUAGAUGUUUGUCUUUACUGUUGAAUUUAGUGAGCAGAGGCUUCGGUGUCAGCUUCUCGCCUAAAAAGAACACAUUGCGUACGUAUUUCGAACAUGUAUUUACCCCACACACACACACCCCAAACAAUCUAACUGGAUCCUUAGCAUUGUCGAGCUACGCCCAGAUGACAUAAAUAUUUACACAUACCUAAUAUA